AUGUCGAACUUCGAGCCUAACGCCGUAAUCCGCGGCUUCCAGCUCACCGUGGUAGGAACGGUCCGUGCCUUAACCAACCCGGAACUUUUCAAAUAUGAUCAUUUCCGCCAAGCAGCUCUUGCUAUCGGUGUUGGGAUAAUCAUCCAGUUGAUCAUCCAGAUUCCGAUCUUGAGCGUCAAAUUCUCCAUCUGGACAUUAUCAUGGGUUGUCAAUCUAGAAAAUGCUCUGUGGGACGACAAGCUUCUCAACGGCCUGGAGUUCAUGUCCAAGUCAGUCCUCCAAGUACCUUUCAUGCUCAUGACUCUCAUGAGAUAUGUGACUCCCACAUUGGAUGAGAUAUUCAUGCAAUCGAUUCAAUGGGUGGACAUGACCUACGUCCAGAAGCAUAAAUCAGAAGAUCCUAAUCAACUUCGAGCCAUGUAUUACCCCCAACUUACUCAGUACUCCAACAAGGGUGGCUCCGACCGUUCUCGCCCUAUUCCGGAAGCACUGAUGGCAUUCUUCAAUCGCUACGCAAAGAAAAUUGGCAUGAUGCUUGGGCUCUACCUGCUGUCUAUGGUUAUCAUCGUUGGUAGGUUUGUCAUGCCCGCAGCAAGUUUCUACACCUUCCGGAACCACGUGGGCACUGUUCCGGCUGCUGCCAUUUUUGGCGCAGGUCUUAUUCUCCCGAAGUAUUAUAUCGUGACAUUCCUACACACUUACUUCUCUUCCCGCAGUCUGAUGCGUGAACUUCCAUAUUUCUCACGUGUUCGAUUCACGCCCGAGCAAAAGCGCAGAUGGUUCCGGGAUCGCGAAGGUGUGCUCUUUGGCUUUGCUUUCGCCUUCACGGUUGCCCUGCGUGUUCCCUACAUCGGCGUCCUUAUGUAUGGUGUCGCACAGGCUUCUACGGCAUACCUUGUCACCAAGAUCACUGACCCGCCUCCACCUCCUGCUGAAAGUGAGGGCUUCGCCGAAAGCCAGGUGACCUGGGCUAACAAGCAUGACUUCCUGCGUUUGUCUCUUGACAACCUCGACAAAUUCAACGUCGAAUCAAAGCAGUCCCGUACCGAGCCUCCCUCGCCUGGAAAAAAAUUUUCCUGA